CAGUUGUAUAACAUUAAAUACUGCGUGUCUUGGUGGCAUUUAUACACAACUGGUUGCUUUGGCUCAGUAGCAAACUUGGCUAACGUCUGGCAGUCCAAUCAAACGAUGAGUGCAGUAGCAUGCUAGUUGCUUGUUCCAACCCACCAUGGCACCGCGUAAGGGCAAGGAGAAGAAGGAGGAGCAGGUGAUCAGCCUGGGGCCGCAGGUCGCCGAGGGCGAGAACGUCUUCGGGGUCUGCCACAUCUUCGCUUCCUUCAACGACACCUUCGUCCACGUCACCGACCUCUCCGGCAAGGAGACGAUCUGCCGUGUGACGGGAGGGAUGAAGGUGAAGGCGGACAGGGAUGAGUCCUCCCCGUACGCCGCCAUGUUGGCGGCUCAGGACGUGGCCCAGAGGUGCAAGGAGCUGGGCAUCACCGCCCUGCACAUCAAACUCCGCGCCACGGGCGGCAACAGAACCAAGACUCCCGGCCCCGGGGCCCAGUCUGCGCUGCGAGCCCUCGCUCGCUCCGGGAUGAAGAUCGGCCGCAUCGAGGACGUCACCCCUAUCCCCUCAGACAGCACGCGCAGAAAGGGCGGUCGUCGUGGGCGACGUCUGUAAAGUGUUUAUAUUUUUCUGGGUCACUCAAUAAAAACGUCAAUUCCA